CUCGCAGCAGAGGAUCCAGUCCUUGUUACUUCUUCUUCUUUACCCCUCCAACUCUGCAAUUGAAACCCUAAUCUCCCCAAUUUUGGGAAAUUUUAGCAACAGCAACCAUUACAAUGCAUUCUCUGCGUUCAACUUUAGGUAUUGCCCUUAUAUUUGGAGAUUAUUUACUUUACGUACCACGGUACCGGUUAAAUCCUGUUGAUAAACAAAUGAAGUUUUGAUCUUUUUUUGGUUGUGAGAUAAAGCACAGAACGCCAAGAGGAUAGCUAAAGCUUGAGGCUUCAAAUUCUUGUGGAUUAUGGGUUGUUUUGUUAUCGUCUGCUAUUAGUUUUUGAAUUAUUCGAAUGAGUCGGGUUUUACUUCCUAAGCAUGUUGCUGCCGUUGUUAAGUGUCAAAAGGAUCCGUUUAAAGCGCUCGAAAUGUUUAACUCGGUGAAAAAGGAAGAUGGGUUUAAGCACACAGUGCUAACUUACAAAUGCAUGGUUGAAAAACUCGGAUUUCAUGGCGAGUUUGAAGCCAUGGAGCGUGUGAUUUCCGAGAUGAGGAUGAAUGUUGAUAAUAGCUUACUAGAAGGAGUGUACAUUGGAGCCAUGAGGAGUUAUGGAAGGAAAGGAAAGGUUGAAGAAGCUGUUAAUGUGUUUCAGCGGAUGGAGUUUUAUAAUUGUGAGCCCUCAGUUCAAUCUUAUAACGCAAUCAUGAAUGUGCUCAUUGAGUAUGGAUAUUUCAAUCAAGCGCAUAAGCUGUAUAUGGGGAUGAGAGAUAAUGGGAUUGAUCCGGAUGUGUAUACUUAUACAAUACGGAUAAAGUCUUUCUGUAAGACUAGCAGGCCUCAUGUUGCUUUGAGACUGCUUAAUAACAUGCCUACCCAGGGGUGUGAGUUCAAUGCCGUUGCAUAUUGUACAGUCAUAGGUGGAUUUUAUGAAGAGAAUUACCGGAUCGAGGCAUAUGAAUUGUUUAAAGACAUGCUCGGGCAAGGUGUAUGUCCCAACAUUACCACAUUUAACAAGCUUAUUCAUACAUUAUCCAAGAAGGGUCAUAUCCAAGAAAUUGAAAAACUUCUCAACAAGGUUCUGAAGAGGGGUGUGUCUCCGAAUUUGUUUACAUUAAAUAUUUUCAUUCAAGGGCUCUGCAACAGCGGUUCACUUAAUUUGGCUGUCAGAAUGCUGGAUGGUUUUAUGAUGGAAGGUUUAACUCCAGAUGUUGUCACGUAUAAUACAUUGAUCUUUGGCUUGUGUAAAAACUUCAAGGUUGAGGAAGCAGAGGGCUAUAUGCGUAAAAUGGUGAACAAUGGAUUUUGGCCUGAUACCUUUACCUACAACAGUAUUAUCGAUAGAUAUUGCAAAUUGGGUAUGAUACAAAAAGCAGAUAAGAUUCUCAGUGAUGCCAUUUUCAAGGGAUUCAUACCCGAUGACUUCACAUAUUGCUCUUUGAUUAAGGGUUUAUGCCAGGAUGGCGAGAUCGACCGUGCCCUAGCUCUAUUCAAUGAGGUAUUAGGAAAGGGAUUCAAGCCUAAUAUUGUUUUCUAUAACACGUUGGUAAAAGGGUUGUCUCAGAAUGGGCUUUUCUUGGAAGCUUUGCAACUGAUGAAUGAGAUGUCAAGCAAUGGUUGCAGUCCCGAUAUCUGGACUUACAACUUGGUUAUAAACGGGUUGUGCAAGAUGGGUUAUGUAUCUGAUGCCAGUAAACUAAUGAAUGAUGCUAUUGCCAGAGGAUGCCUUCCCGACAUAUUUACUUUCAAUACAUUAAUAGAUGGUUACUGUAAACAGUCGAAUCUGAAUAGUGCUCUUGAGGUCAUUAGUGGCAUGUGGAGUCAUGGUGUUACCCCUGAUGUGAUCACGUACAAUACUGUGUUAAAUGGCCUUUGCAAGGCUGCCAAAUACGAGGAUGUGAUCCGUACUUUUCAAGCAAUGAUGGAGAAGGGGAGUAUUCCUAACAUUAUUACAUAUAACAUACUUGUAGAAAGCCUUUGCAAAGCCCGGAAAGUGCCUGAGGCCUUGAACAUGCUACAGGAAAUAAGAAACAAGGGCUUGACUCCAGAUAUUGUUUGUUUUGGCACGUUGAUUAAUGGUUUGUGUGGCAAUGGGGAUUUGGAUGGAGCAUAUGACCUAUUUACAAGAAUGAAACAUGAAUAUAAUGUAUCUCAUACAACAGCGACAUACAAUAUCAUGAUCAAUGCUUUCUGUGAAAAGCUUAACAGUAGUAUAGCACAAAAACUAUUUUGUGAGAUGGGUGACAAAGGAUGUGCCCCCGACUGUUUCACUUACCGUGUCAUGAUUGAUGGUUUCUGUAAAGCAGGAAAUGAUGAUCAUGGGUACAAUUUCCUCCUGGAGAAGAUUGAGAAAGGGUUCAUUCCAUCACUGGUGACCUUCGGAAGAGUGCUAAAUUGUCUUUGUGUGAAGCAUAGAGUUCAGGACGCUGUUGGUAUCAUCUACCUUAUGGUGCAAGGCAUUGUGCCUGAUGUUGUUAGUACAAUCUUCGAGUCUGAUAAGAAGGAAAUAGCAGCACCCAAGAUUGUUGUAGAAGAUUUGUUGAAGAAGGGUCAUAUAACUUAUUAUGCCUAUGAACUUCUCUAUGAUGGAAUUAGAGAUAAAAAGGUAGUUAAGAAAACACAAAAGAGCUUCAAACGAGGUGUUUCCACGACUUCAAAACGAAGUCCUUGAGUGUUGCAAAAAUACAGUUCUUCUUUUAUGGAGCAUAUACUUCUUCAGUCCUGAUAUGGCGGUAAGCGCAAUGAUGGCAUAAACUUGAAGUAACAAACUUUUUUACCAGUGCUCUUGUAGCUUCUGAGGGUAAGUGACUGCUGAACUUUUGGUACUUGUUCCAUCUUUUUUUUUUUAAUUUUUUAAUUUUUUAUUGUUGCUGCCUAGGUUUCAUUAUGAAUAGCUUGCUCAGCCUCUAAAUCACUGAUCACUAAGUGGCUAACUGAUGUUAAUGUUUUUCAUUACUGAAUCUUGACUCCCUCGUGUUGUCUGUUUAACAGCCUUGUUUGUCACAGAACUUGGCAGAUACUUUGAAUGUUGAAACUUGAGUAUCAUGUUUGGGGCCUUUCGGACUUCUAACAACAAAUUUGGUAUAGGGAAGGGCAUGGAUAACUAAUCGUCCUUUGUAAAGACGGUGAACAAUUGAAGCUGCCCCGAGAGUGCCAAUUCUGGAAAUUUUUAACUGCUUAUAACGAAGAUGAUUCGAGUUAAAUUUUUGUGCUCUGUUUAACUGGAGGAAGCAUGCACGUUUUAACAGUAGAACGUCUGAGUUAUCUCGCAUAACAAACUGGCGGCACGAGACAAGGAAGAUGUGAACCCAAGUGCCCCUUGAACAAGCGGAUUGUGUAGGGCCUGCUCUGUUGUCUUAUAGAGCGUCUUGUAGAUACAGGAAUACACAUGUUGGAGAAUAUAUAGGUUGGUAUGAAUGUAUUAGAGUUAUAGAAUACACUUUGGUUUUACUAGACCUGUGCCGUCGGAAAUCCGAGAACGUAGUUUUGGGCAUUCAUCACGUUGCCGGACAGAAGAAAAGUUGAGAAAGAUCUUAAUACAAUUUUGUAAACGUUAUUUCCAUCAAAGAAGAAAUGAAUUUCAACGAGUAAAACGCA